CGAUCGCACAACAGGAUGCAUUCCAUAAAGAUGGAACUAGCAUUAGUGAGUAAACAUUGCGCGAAGGAGGUUGAUGAAGUUAAGGACUUUGAGACAGAAUAUUUUAGAUCACUGGCAAAACAUACCAGUUUUAUGAUACAGACAGAUCUCUUUUCCCUGCAACAACAUUUGUAUCUGCAGUGAAUAAACAUCAUAGGCAGUGAGGUAUGUAACAUUACAGAAUAUAAAUCUGAAAAAUUAAACCUGUAUACCACUUGAAGUUUACUGCGUCCCUACAUGUGAUGCCAUGUAGUCAGGUAGAUUGUUACUAAUGGUUUGAAGGGUGUUACAUUAUAACUAGCAUUUGGUAAAGAUCAACAUGUACAAUAUUUCAAUGUACAGAUGGAAAGUCAAACUGAGUGCUCAAUUUCUAUUCAAGCAUAUCAUAAAUAAACAGAAAUUUAUAGCUUAAAUUACUUACAUUUCCAGGUACAAAUUUUUCAUAAUGCUUAAUUAUGCCAUUAAAUUUAGUAGCUGUAGCAGCCCAAACUGCUAUUUAAAGAUUUUAGUAUUCCUACUCUGAAAUUGUACAUGUAUAUGUUAUAUAAUACUUUUAAAUCGUGUUUGAAUAGAAGAACUUCAGUUACUGUAGUUUAAUUGUAUUCUUAACAGAAUAUCUGAUAAUAUACUAACUUCUCAUGCACUAUUUGUCUUCAUUUUAGGUCCUCAACUGAUUCAGUACCUAUAUUGAAGGAUGGUGCAGAUAAUGUGCAGAUGCCAGGGAAAGAAUUCCAACUGCAGGAUCCUGAUGUAAAGCCUCUGCAGUGUCCAAUUUGUAGCAAGAAAUAUAAGAAUGAAAACUUCUUUCAGCUGCACAUACAAGUACACAACAACCUUGGGGGUCUUUCUUGCAAGAUUUGUGGAAGAACAUUUUCAAAUCUGAACUUAUUGAAAAAGCACAUGGUUUCUCAUGCCAGUGAGCGCCCAUUUGAAUGUGAAAUUUGCCACAAAACUUACAAAUGGAGAUUUGAACUUAAAAACCACAAGGAACGUCAUUCUUCAGACAAGAAGUAUAAAUGUGACAUGUGUAACUUUACAUCUUCACAUAAGGAUUCUUUUUCCUUACAUAAGAAAAGACACAUUCGAGACUACAGAUUCACUUGUGAAAUCUGUGGUAAGGGCUUCUACACCAAUCCUGAGCUGCAAGGACACUAUGCAGGUCACACAGGAGAAAAACAUCAAUGUGAGACCUGUGGAAAGGGUUUCUCUCAGAAGGGAAACUUACUUGUACAUCUUCAGAUCCAUGAUCCAAACAGGAAAAUAGACAGGUAUGCUUGCGAUGUUUGUGCAAAGCCUUUUCAGUACAUGGCCAGGCUUCGUGCUCACAGAAAGAUCCAUGAAGACAAGUCUAAAUUCAUUUGCAACUUUUGCGGAAAAUGUGUGGGUAGUGCUGUAGCAUUGAAGAUCCAUCUUCGCCGUCAUACUGGGGAGAAACCAUACAUCUGUCAGGUGUGUGGAAAGGAGUUCAGUUGCCCAACAUAUCUGAAAGGACACAUGAGAUCGCACACUGGUGAGAAACCCCAUACUUGUAAGGAAUGUGGAAAGUCUUUCAGCCAACGCACACCUCUGGUGGUGCACAUGAGAUCUCACACAGGACAGAGACCAUAUGAAUGUAACAUGUGUGGCAAAGGAUUCAUCACCAAGGCCCUUCUUGCAGUACACAUUAAGAAUCACAACUAGCUCAUCUUGACAGAAAGGUCUGCAAGUUUUGGAAAAUCUGGAGGCAAGGAACUCAGAACCAAGGACAAAAUCACCCCCAGAGUUAAGAGUCAGACAAUGUCUGUGAAGAAUCUCAGAAGCAAGGAGAAGAUGAUGAAAUGUGAUGAAUGUGGAGAGAAUUUCUACAAGUGGGAUCUCAUCUACCACAGGCAGACUCACAGUUUACUGUCCUGUGCAAUAUGCAGCAAGACUUUUUCCCUGAAAAGUAAACUUGUAUCACACAUUAAAAUUCACAGACCUCUGAAGGAAUUUAGAUGUACAUCCUGCAAUAUGGUUUUCUAUGCAAGCUCAGAAUUAAAGCGACAUAUGAAGAGCCAUGUUGUUCUGAAAGAACACAAGUGUGAGGCCUGUGAUAAAAUGUUCUUCUCAAAUCAUCACUUGAGAAAUCAUGUAAAGACUCAUGCAAAAGAGCGUCCUUACACAUGUGAUGUUUGUCAUAAAACUUACAAACGUAAAUAUGAGCUCACAGGACAUAAGAAGAUAGUUCACACUGCAGAUAACAAGUAUGAAUGUGACAUAUGUGGGUUUUCAACUCUGUACAAAGCUAACUUAGAUGUACAUCACAAGAGACACCUUAAUGAGUUCAGGUUUAAUUGUGAGAUCUGUAAGAAGGGGUUCUACACAAAUUCAGAGUUACAAGGACACAAGAAUUUCCACACAAACGAGAAGCCUCAUCAAUGUGAUAUAUGUGGUAAGGCCUUCCUGUACAAGUCAAAUUUGUGGAAACACCAGAAAAGCAACCAUCCAGGAAAGGACUCAAAGCAUUACCAGUGUAGUGUGUGUGGUAAGAAUUUUCCAUUUAACAGCUCAUUGACAUCACACAUGAAUACUCAUACGAGGGAGCUGAAGUUCAUUUGUGAUGUGUGUGGAAAAGCCCUCUCCAGUAGCAUGUCACUUAAGGCUCACAAGCGGUUACACACGGGGGAGAAACCCUGCAUCUGCACUGUGUGUGGGAAGGCAUUCACCAAGAGCUUCACUCUAAAAGUGCAUCAGCUCACCCAUACAGGACAGAAACCCCACUCGUGUGAUAUCUGUGGCAAGUCAUUCACACAGCGCUCCACUUUGGUUGUGCACAAACGGUACCACACAGGGCAGAGACCUUAUCAGUGUCAGAUAUGCAACAAGGGCUUUGUGUCCAAGACAUUGCUCAACACCCACCAGAGGAUUCAUGACCAGGCAUGCUUCUUCCACCUGUAACAAUGAAAUUCUUCACUGAAAUAUAUUGUGCUGAAUUGAAUAUUUCUAUAUAAGAGCACAGCAUGACUAAUGGGAAUCAGCCAGUUCAUGAGAGUUCUUUGGCAAAGUACACAGUGAUCAAAUAUUUGCACAGUGCAUUAGUGGGGCAACAUUUUUUACUUCUUUUUAAUUGUCUUGGUUUAAAGAUAUUAUCCAUAAUAUUGCAACAUUUGUAUUACUGAAUACGAGUAUGUUGAAUCUGACUUAGUGCCUCAAAAUGAUGCCAGGUACACUCAUCAUUCAUCCUACACAUUUAAUUAAACUAAUCAAUAGUAUGACAUAUAAUUGAUUUAUUUCAGAGUCAUACAAAUGUGGAGAUACCUGUAUAUAUACAUUCUGGCAGUUUGUUUAGGGUUGAUAAUUGAAAUAAUGUUGAACAGUGAAUAUCCAUUGCACUCAUAAAUUAUUCUUCUUUUUCUGUUAAAGGCUUUACAUGUUACUGGCAUAUAUGGACAGUUUAAAGCCUUAUUUUGAACGUUUUCUGCGUUGUGUUGCAGAAAAGUAGGUUGUGUGAGAUUUUGAAUGACACUGUACUUCUAUUUUCAAUAACUUUUUUGGAGGGAAUGUAAGUUAUAAAGCAUACUGAAGAAGUUAAAUCAUAAAUCAUGUUUCAUCUGCUACAAGAUGACCAAAUUAACAGAAACAUUAUGCUCUCCCAGCCAAAAUGUUCAAAAGAACUGGUCUAAAAAUUAUCAUUCUUAAUGUGGUUUCUAAAAUAUAUUUGAGUUCUUUAGAUAUUCCUAUUGUCAUAUAUUCAAGAACAUUGUACUUGUCUUGCUUUCUGUGAUUAAGACUUCCUCUCUGCCUUUCUCUCGUUGGACCAAAAAUUUCUGGAAGUCAGUAGCAUUUGAAUGUCACCAUUAAACUGAUGAAAUUGAAGAGGCCAAUGGUGGGUAUAUAUAGUUAUGGAGGAAGGCUGAGAAAGGAUUCAGAAUUGACACAUUGUGUCAAUGAGGUUUAAAUGGCAUAACAUUAGAAAAAUAAAAAUGUAUUAAAUUCCUGUAACAACAUAUGUGUAGACUAAUGUGCCUUUAAUAUUACCAUAAAAAUCUCACACCUAAAGAAGUCCAACAUACCUAUUAUCUUUUCACACAUGCUUGUUUUAUUUAU